AUGGUGCCCGUGAUCACCAGGAAGGCGAAGGCGAGUGCUCCCAAGGCAGCAGCCAAGAUGCCUCUGGCGGAAGGCGAUGGCAUGGAGGAAGCCGCCAGGCUGGCAAUGGAGGCGGUGCAGGCUAUGGCCUUCCAAACAGGGCCAGCUGCUCCGCUGCAAGCUAGCAGCAGCAAGCGCAUGCUGACACCAGUCGCCGAUGAACCAGAGGAUGCGCCAGAGUAUCAGGCAGAGGUGGCGGAGGAUGAGCGCGCGUCCUUGGAGCGGCCACAUGACGAUCGGCAGCGUUCGCUGCUGAUGCCCCACGAGAUGAGCGCAGGAGCUGCCGAGGUGGCACAGGAGGUGACGCCCUCCCUGGAGAUAUCCAAGGCUUCAAAGGGAGCGAAGUCCUCCACAUUGGCGAAGGCAGGACAUCUCGAUGAAGGGCGAAGGCCAGCUAAGAGGGGCGCCCCACUGGACCGCAAGGCAGCGAAGAAGGAGGCGGAGGCGAAAAGGGAUGCGAAGGCGAACCGCCUCAGAGCAGUGCCUCUGACCAGCAAGGCACCCCACUUGCGCGACGUCCAGCGAGUGUCUACAGGAAGUCCCGCUCCGGUGAACGAAGGCGACACCCCCAGUGGUGAAGAAACCUCGCAGUCAUCCAACGAUGACUGCGCGAAUUGUGCUGAGUUGCGACAGGAGUUCCUGGCGCACAAGGACGGGAUGGAAGUCCAAUUCCAGGAGAGGAUGGCGGACCUCAACACCGUCAAGGCAGAGAUCACAGCGGCACUCCAGCGAAUCAACCCGCCAUCCGCAUUUCAAGAAAAUGCCCGGAGCAUUCGCGAAGAGGUCAAGUUGGCGAUGGAGGAGUUUCGCAGGCCGGUCACCAUCGAGCUUCAGGAGAGCAUGAAGUUGGCAGUGGCGGACCUCGUCGCCAAGCGACAUUGCCUGCCAGAGCUCAAGGAGAAGGUCAACAGGUUGGAGCAAGGCGCGAACCAGACGGUGAGCCAAGCGGACGUCGACAAGCUGCAGGGCGAAUUGGCCGACCUCCGUCAUUCGAUGGAGCUCCAGGCAGCGCGGUCAGACAGCAUGGAGAAGGAGCUCAGGUCUUUGGCGGCAGAGGCGAUUGCUCAAGCAAGCAAGCUGGAGAUGGAAUUGGCGCUCGCCAAAGAGGAUUCGAUGACGGUGGCGACGUCCGCUUUGGAUGAAGUGAAGAAGGUGGGGAAGGAGGUGGCGACGGCGAGAGAGGAAACCUCGCUGGUGGCGAAGUCUCUGGACGCAUUCCGAGAGAAGGUCAACCCCGCCAUGGUCUUCACCGCCUUUCGCCCAGAUAGCCACAAUGUGUAG